GAUAAUCUAAGCUAAACGGUUGUCAACAUAGAAGUAUUUUUGGGGAUGUUGGAAUUGUUUUCAUGUUUGUCCUAUAAUCAUUAAACAAUAAGCAUAGUUAUACCCAUUGACCUAUUAUAAAUGGACUGAGCGUAGAAAGAGAAACUGCGGCCAAGAAUGAGAUAAAAGAUGUACUCCUUUUUGGAAGAAAAUAUUCUUAAAAUAGUUUUUCUUCCAGGCGGAAAUGUAUGAUAAGAGCCGGUACCGGCAUGGAUAUCAGCCUGCUAUUUGCCGCUCAAAUUGACUUUUCAAUUUUCAACGAGUGACGACUGUUGACUAAUCGACUUUUUGGUAGUUUGACUUUGAGUAUUCAACAUUUUUCAAAAAAAUUUAGUUAAUUGUAUUGCUCUAAUUGCUGACGAAUUUUACGAUGGUUUGGAGUUGUUGUAUUCCUUUCUGCGAGUCCAAAGGAAAUAAAGGAUCCAAACUAAAGUUGCAUAAGUAAGUAUUAAACUCUUAUAAAUUUUAAUUGUAACCCUUUUAUUUUUCUUAGAUUUCCACUUGAUAAAAAUCGUCAAACAUUAUGGGUCAAAUCAAUUCAAAACUUUGAACCGUCAUAUAUAAUGAAGAAAUCCCAUUACGUUUGUCAAUGUCAUUUUUUAUCAACAGACUAUGAGUUAAACAACCUACUAAAAAAAACUGCUGUUCCAUCUGUUUUUAGUGAGGUUAUAACGUUGCUGCCUUAUACAAUUUUUGAGGACAAUAGUAAUUUCCCAUCUCAAUGACUUCUUCUGGAGCAAAUUGUUUACCCCAAGAUGCAACAACAAUAUUACAUGUUUCAAGCUCAAAAAAAAAAAGAAAACCGAGAAGAUUAUAUAGAUAUAUUAUGUGGAGAAGACACUGAAAUGGAAAAUGAUUAUUGUGACAGUAUUGUGGAUAACAUUAAUAACCAUAUAACACAUGACGUAAUAGAAUAUAUUGCAGGGGCAAUUGUUAGAAAGAUAAAGAAAAUUAUACAAUGCAAUGAAUGUGCUGCAGUUCUAUCUGCAAAUAAUAACUGCUCAUUAAUUGAUAUUAAAACAAGAGGUUACUUGAUAAAACCAUCAAAAGAUGUUACAGAUAUAUGCAUCAAGGCCGAAAGAGUUUUUAAAAGUAACACUGUGUUAAUAAAACAAAAAAGCAACCCAAUAAACACUUUAAUUGUCAAAACAACAUCAACAAUAGAAAUAAACAAACUAUUCCAAACUUUAAAUAACCACAUAUUAAACCAGUCUCCUCUACAUAACCACUUACUUCAGCUAAUAAAAAAUAUUCUUUUAUACUACUUCAAAAUCCGUAUUCAUCAUUACAAUAAAAAUCAAUCGCAACCUCAGCAAAGAAUUCGUUCAGCGCUUACAAAGAUUAUACAUUUUAAACACCAAUAAAAUUGUUCAAAAAUUAUGCAUUCAUUAAAUAAAUUAAA